AUGGAAGCCGCAAGGGAAGAGGAAGAAGAAGAGGGGGACGAACCAGUGGAGCGUGUUCCGGUUUUUAGGAGGAGGGUCGUCUUACAUCGUAGGCGGCAUGAAACAAACGAACGCUUGAUGCGUUUUUACUUUGUUGACGACCCGGUAUAUCUACCUAGAGAGUUUAGGAGACGUUAUUGUAUGAGUAAAUGUUUAUUUUUGCAAAUAGCAAGUGAUUUGGAGGAGGGGUAUACGUAUUUCCAUCAAAGAUAUGAUUGUCGAGGGAAGUUGGGUUUCACGCCGAUUCAAAAGUGUAGGGCCGCGCUUCGUCAAUUAGCCUACGGCUCUACCGUCGACUCAUUUGACGAAAACUUCGAGAUGUCGGCGAGGGUUUUACGGGAGUCACUAGCCAAGUUUUGCAAAGGUGUAAUAGACAUAUAUGGGCCGACAUUUCUACGUAGACCUACUUCUAGCGAUAUACAACGACUAUAUGAUGUGUAUGAGUAG